AAAUAGAUCAGCUCUCUGUUUGAUCCACCAUCAGCUCAGGAGGAUAUUCUGCUUUCCCAUUGGCUGUGCUUUGCAUAUAUACACAAAUAGAUCACAGGUGUUACUGAAACAGAGUAAAUCCAGCAGCUCUGUGUUUGAUCCUCCAUCAGCUCAGCUCUUCACUGUAAUCCAGAUCUCCUAACAUGAUGCUCUGCUCCGGACUCAGCAGCACACUGUUGCUGGCAGCAACGUGUUCACUCAUCACUUCAGGCUUUAUCAGAGCUCAAGUUUCCUUUCCUCCCAAUGUGACCGCCAUAUCCACAGGGAGAGUGGUCACCUCUAACGGCCUCAGUGUUCAUCGCCUGAGCUGUGUGGGUGGAAGGAUCAUUGUGAGGUCAGCUGUGUACAGAUGUGGAGGUGAAGUAACCUGCUCUCAGGGUGACGCUGAGAACAACGUCAGGAACAGCUGUGAUGGAAAAACAGUGUGUGACAUAAAGUCAAACAUUACUUAUGAUCCUGGAGUCUGCAGAUACCUGGAGACCACCUACGACUGCUUCACACACCACAGUGUAACAUGUGAAGGAUCUCAGUCAAACCUUCAGUGUGGUGCAGGACAGGUUAUAGUCGUCUCCUGGGCGAAUUAUGGCCGCCGUGACACGACCACGUGCCCUGGUCAAUAUACUAUCGCAAAUCUCUACGAUGUUAACUGCGUCUGGCCAGGAAGCAUGGAAUAUGUAACUAACAGGUGUAACUGGCAGAACAGCUGUACUGUUGAAGCAAAGAGCCCAGUAGACCCGUGUGGUGGCAUUUAUAAGUACCUGGAGGUGUUUUACACUUGUCAGCCUGGUUCCUGCCGUCCUGGUUGGACUUGGUCUGGAGGUCGCUGUUUCAUCUUUGAUAGCAGUCAGAAGAACUGGACUGAUGCUGAGAGUUCCUGUAAGACACUCGGUGGACAUCUGGCCUCAUUCCACAGCACAGCUGAGUACACCUUCAUCAGAGAGCUCAUUUACACAGCAGCAGGAUCAUAUACACCAGCUUGGGUUGGAGGCCGAGAGAAUGGAACUGUGUGGAUGUGGAUUGAUGGUUCCCAGUUUGACUUCAUAAACUGGGCCAAAGGAGAACCGAACAACGCUGGAGGAAAUAACUGUGUACAGAUAAAUCUUAAAGGACAAGAUUAUGUCAAUGAUGCGGGGUGUUCUCAUCAAUUCUCUUUUGUUUGUGUCAGAGAUCCAUAACCUCCACUUCGUGUCCUGACACGUCUCACAUGGUGAUGUCACAUCCUCACUGUUGAUGUCACUUCCAGCAGGAUGUCAAGCCUCGAUGACAUCACUGCUGGAAGAUGUGUUGACAAAUAUGAUUUCAUAUCACAAUAA